ACACACUCGCUUGCCUGUGAACCACCAGCAGGGACUUCUCUUGGUUCACAUCGACUCUCUUUGGAGAAACCGUGGGAGCGCUCUAAUUGGCGGCCGUAAAAGAGAAAGGAAGUAUUUAGUUCACUCCGUUUUCAUUGGAAGAGAAAGUCGAAGAUAUUUUAGCGGAGAUUUAAUCCACGAGCCAGGAUCUUCUGUCUUUAAACCCAAAGAGAAAACUCUCAACUCUUUGACAAUGUCCGCCUUUAAUAGAGGUCCCUCCUACGGACUAUCAGCGGAGGUCAAGAACCGGGUAUGUAUUCAUUAUUUUAUACAUCAAAGGCUUUAAGUCACGCCAAAGUUUCCCUCUCAUCGUCCGGUCAUUGUGCUAAACACAGGAGUCAAGUACGGGAGUCACCUGGGCUCCAUCUUGAUGCGCGUGCACAGGUUAAAAGGUAGACAGAGGCGAUGAAAAACCGGCGUCCCAAGUGAUUUUUGGAGAUUUUUUAAGAGGUUAAACUCACUUAAAAGUUAUCAUUAAACUUCCUUUUAUCAUUCACACAUCGUGCAGAUCAUAAUCGUGUUCGAGUUUAACACACUAAAAAGCAGAAUAAAGUUUUAUUUUUUAUUCAUUUAAAGGACAAACUAAAAACCAGAGUAUGGGCGUUGUCCCUCUUGACGAAGAAGAAGUGUGUCGUUGUGGCAAAAUUGUUCACGCUGUUUCCAGACUUUUCUGUUUAGUGUGCUGCAGAUUGUUGCCCAGCAUUGUGACCCGCAUUAGCAGAUAAUGUAAUUCACUCAUCAGUUCCAGCACUUGGUUGUGUCCAACUUUUAUUAUUGUCCCUUUGUGUCUCAUUAUUGUCUCUUUAAAAUAGAAAAACAUGUCUGUACUUCCCCCUCUCCAGUCAUGCUUCUUUUUUAAUUGACUUGUGAUUUAUUUCCUUUAACCAGAUAAGAAUAGAAAGGCCUUUUGUUUAUCACAAUCCAUUAAAAUUGCGUCCUUGUGUGGACAGGAGUUAAACAAACCACACAGUCUCCAAAGUGGACCCUUUCGUUGGUAAUGUAUAACUUUCUGAGUGGGGCCUCGUUGAGCAGAGCACCUUGUUUAUUUAGAUCUGCCUGUGCACAUUUACAUCCACUUGAAAUCCUAGACUUGAUGCUGCUGGUGUAAACUUUCAGACCACGUUACUGUGCAUCUUUCCUCCUUUUAAAAAAACACAGGUGUGUCUGUGCAUUACUGUUUCAUCUCUAGUCUUUGCCAAGUUGCCACGGAGAUCUUCAGUUUCCACUUUCAUUCCUGCCUGUGAUUCUUUAACCCACCUUCAGCUGAUUUCUUUCUUCACUCUGCAUUCCUGUGCAGGGAAAAGGGUCAUGUCCCCUCCCCGUAUCUGUGCAGAACAACAUGUGCUGGACGUAAAGAAAACCUAGGCUCUAGAUUUACUCUGUUUUUUACCCUUGAUGGCCUUGAAGGGAGGGGGGUGUAAAGUGAUGCUGACUAGAGUGGUAUUUCCUGCCAUUGGUGACGUAGCCUUGACCAUGAAAUGUUAGGAAUUUGAGGAUUUAUAUCCUCCUUCCUUUUUAUUUUUAAAGCCAGAGGAAAUUUUAAAAGCUUGGAGAAGGAUGAAAACAUUUAAAAUUUCCACUGCAGACUCUUUGUGUUAAUUCAUUCAUUCGUUGGAACAACACAGAAGCACACACACUCUUUCAUCCAGGGGUAAAUUCCUCCCGUUCAGCUUGUCUCUGUAAAUUACAUCUGUCUGAUACUCUGUGGGCAAUUAAAAUAGCUAGAGUUGUUUUUAAUACGGGGAUAACUUUAUGAAAGAAGCAUAAUUAGAAGACAGACAUUCCUCAAGAGUACAACCAGCUGUGAGCUCAGUGCGGCCAAGCUUCCAUGUAUAAUAGUAGGCUAAACUUGGCGGUUUGGUUUCUUCGGUUGCCCUCAGGACAGAGGGAGAUUGUUAGCUGCUUGUGAGUUUGCACGAAGCUCAGUCAACACCUUAUUCCUCGCUGGAGGAGAGGAAAUCCAUACCUGUUUCUGUUUCUAGCGCUGCCUGAUUUGGUGACUGUUGUUUACGUGACCAUAAUGCUCUUCCUGAAUGGCCUCUUUCUGAGCCAGUGUAGCGUGUUUCUCACACUUCUGCCGUCAAUCAAAAAAGGCUUAUAAAUCUGAGUAACGCCUCAAGAGUAACACCCCUGCAAGAAAGUCAAUCUUUGUGCUGCUUUAAGACCCGUAAAGCUCUCCCUUCCUCCCCCUUUUUCUGAACUUACUGCCUUCCUGUGUUUCAGGAGAAUUUAGCAGUUUACCAAACAGGAUAUCCGUGUGUGUGUGUGCGUGUGUGUGAUUUAGAGUGUGUAUUUUGUCGCGUCAGUGUCACCUUUAUUUAUGAGGGCUAAGAGAGACAAAACCCUCUCUGUAGACAUAUCAUAAUACACUGGGGUAAAGUUACAUUCAGAGGUGACCCUGACAUAAGAUUAGAUGAAGUCAUAGCAAACCUUUGAGCAGGUUCAUGACACAGUGUGUGUUUUAUGAUCCCUACUGUUUAAUCAAUGACACUGAUUCAUAGUAGUAGUGGGAUGAAUACAAGUUUUAAGUGGCAUUUUGCAGACAAAAAAAGUAAACAAAAAACAAACAAACUGUGCUUUCUUAACUGGACUUAGCUAGUGGAACAAUUUUGACCUUUGACCUCUCUCUGCCCAACCAGAUCGCACAGAAGUAUGACUCUCAGAAAGAGGAGGAGCUGAGGAUCUGGAUUGAAGACAUCACUGGCACCUCUAUCGGGCCUGACUUUCAAAAAGGCCUGAAGGAUGGAGUCAUCCUGUGCGAGUAAGCAGCACAAAUCACAGGAGAAACCAUCACUGGAAUUACAUCUUUUCUAAAUAAUGCAAUCUAAAAUUUUUUACUCUUUUUAUCCUUUCAGACUUAUCAACAAACUUGCCCCAGACUCUGUGAAAAAAGUCAACAAAUCAUCACUGAACUGGCAUCAGGUGAGUAAGUCAAUGACGUGUAGAUUUGACAUCAAUUGAGGGUGCGGUUACAUUGAGUUUCUUUGUGUGGCACCAGUUCAUUGAAACCCGUAAGGACACUGACCUUUGCACAUAGCUAACUAAUAGUGGCAUUGUGUUUCUUACAUGUCAAAAUGUCCAGGUACUGAAUCAUGCUAACUCAUGGCUUUACUUAUUGUCAGAGUCACAAACUUCCCUUUGUUUUAGAGCCACUGCUCAAGCUGCCUCUCAAACUGGUUUCCUGGGAGGUGUGACUGGUCUCUGUAAACACACUCCCUCAUUAGAGAAGGGCUGAGUGCUUUUUAAAGCUACAGGAGCGCAUCUGAAUCAAAGUGGAAUGCAAAGAAGAAUAAUCCCAGUGCUCUUGCUCUUAAUCCUGCACACAUAGUUGUUGAUCUUGUUUUGCAUAUGUUGCUGUUUCAGCUGGAGAAUCUGACAAACUUCACCAGAGCCAUCAAGACCUAUGGACUGAAGCCUCAUGACAUCUUUGAAGCCAAUGACCUGUUUGAGAAUGGAAACAUGACGCAAGUCCAGACGACACUGCUUGCACUCGCCAGCAUGGUGAGACUCGCCCGUUUCUAAUGGAACUUGUUAUACAAAUGCCCAUCUUUGUUUCCAUGGUGCAUGAUUGAAUUGACAGGAUGAUUGAAUGCAGCUGAAUUAACUUCUUAACCAUCUUGUUUCUCAGGCAAAGACCAAGGGCUGCCAGUCAAGGGUGGACAUAGGGGUGAAGUAUGCUGACAAAGCAGAGAGGAUGUUUGAUGACGAGAAGAUGAAGGCUGGACAGUGCGUCAUUGGUCUGCAGGUAUAUAUAGCACAUCUAUACAUUUUUUAGACUGCUGAGUACGAAGAAGGGUUAAAAAUCUCAAGGGAGUCAGCAACUUUAUCUGAUACUCUGUUAUCCAACCAGAAAAACUCAAAGCUGCAAAAUCCCCAUAACAUCACAUUCCUUUGUGUUAACCUCUCAGAUUACCAAACUGUGUGUUCGUGCAUGUCUGAGAGUGAGCUUCAUGGCUGUAACUGAUAAAAUUAUCCAAUAACCAUAUGACAGUUUUUCAAAGCCAAAGAAAGAAAUGCAUCCUACAGCGAAAGACUGAUAACGAAAAUCAAAUGACAGCUCAUUAAUAUGGCAUUCGGACCCGACAGAGGUGAGGUGCAUCACAUGCUCUGAAAGCUGAGCUGUAUGAGGUGAAACUAUUGCGAAACCGGGCAGACUGUCAUGAUCUCAUGUCAGGCACAGCAUACUUCAGAAUAAGUGCUGCUCAUUGUUCGCUCUGCCUCUUAAGCUUCUGUGUGUGUUAUUGUUUCUGUUGCCAAGACGGAUUUCAUGCAGACAUGAGGGCUACCUAAACAGUGAAGAAACUCACAAACCCACUUACUGUUGACAGCCGACUCUACGUGGAGUCACAGGACCGAAACUUUCAAGUAUAUGUUGGUUUCAGAGUGACGACUGUCAGUCACAUGAAGAAUGCAGGGAUAUAUUGUGCGACAACAUUUCAACACUGUCUUUAACUUUGAAAGUGCAGCUAGCAAACAAUACAAGGUCUCACUGUUCUUUCUGUUUUCAGAUGGGGACCAACAAGUGUGCCAGUCAGACAGGUAUGAACGCAUACGGCACCAGGAGGCACCUGUACGACCCCAAAGCAAAAAUCGAGCCCCCAAAGGACAACACAACCAUCAGCCUGCAGAUGGGGACCAACAAAGGGGCAAGCCAGGUACUGCAGCGUACUCCCCACAUCUCAUAAAUCCAAUAUUCUGGGACUCAAGUGGAAACAUGCCUGGGGCACUGCUCAUUUCCCGUCCUUCCACUGCUGUAAACCUCUGUCAUGUUUAGUCUUGUAUGGCACAGUUUGCCUUCACUGGUGGAAAUCAAACUCUGGAUCAGCACUCCUGAAACAACAGAACUGCUUAAACAGGACAGCAACGGUUGCAUAACCGGUAUGAUGUCAAAAUAAAACUGAUGUGUGUAACCCUUGUUUUCUUCUCCCUCUGUGUACACUCAGGCUGGGAUGACAGCUCCAGGGACAAGGCGUGCCAUCUAUGACAAGAAGCUGGGCACAGAAAAGUGUGACAACAGCACCAUGUCUCUACAGAUGGGCUACAGCCAGGGAGCCAACCAGAGCGGUCAGAACUUUGGCCUAGGCCGGCAGAUAUAUGACGCCAAGUACUGUCCUAAAGCUGGAGAGGUUGUCGAGGAUCAAAAUGGGGCAGGCGUUGCCCACGAAUAUAUCCCUGAUUACCAAGAUGAGGGUUACCAAGGCUACCAGGAAGAGGAGCAGGUGUACCAAGAUGACGGGACGGAUUAUUAAAACAGGAGUGAGCUGAGGAAGGAAAAGGGAGGUUGAAUAAAGGAGGCGAGAAGACCUCACUCCAGGUGGUUUAUUUUUAUAUCUGUAGGAUGUUGAGUUGAGCCCUUCUCUUGGUCAUAUCCUCUCUAGUAUUGUAUUAAACUGUUGUUUUUUUUUACCCCAUUUGUGGAAAACCUUUUGUCACACACAUAUCAUGAUGAAUUGUAUUUCUGUGAUUAUUUUUGUUUUUAUUUAAAGAAAAAAAAAAAAAGAAGUCAAUCUUUUUUGGUCUCAGUUUUAUCACAGGGAUUUUUUUAACGUGCCAAAGCCCAGUUUGUUUGACUCAGUUGUUUUCGCUGACUCAUCAGUUACAUUAUUAAGGGAGAUCCUUUUGGAUUUUUUAUUGUAAGGGCAACAUAAAACCAAAAGUGAAACUGUAGUAUGAUUUUUUAAAGCAGUUUUUGAUAUAGUACAUCUUUUUGUAAUUGAAACAACCAUUCCUGUGUUUUUCUCUUAUAGCUGCACCGUCAGUGUAAACAAUGUCAUUCCCUUGAAUAAGAAUGUACAUUGUCUUUUUUUUUCAGCAGUUACUUCAGUAUUGCUCACUGGCAGUCAGUAGUGUACAGUUUGGGUUUUCAAACAGUGAAGUGCACAAAAUGGAUAAAGACAGUUUUUUUUUUUUUUUAUUAUUCCUAUAGAACAAACCACUUAUUAACAUUCUGCCUCUUCUCUCACUCGUUUCGGUUAUUUCGUUUUUAAUAGAGGAAAUAUUUCCUCUGUUUGUAUAACCAGUCCAACUGGAGUUCAGCUUGUUUUCUUUGGAUUUAGGCUGGUGGGGGAGGAUAAAAUAAUACUCGAGUGAAGUUUUCAACAUUCCAAGCACAAAUACUGGAUUCUUUUUGUCAGUGAAUAACGUUGAAGUGAAUUAUUCUUAAAUAUUGUUUGACAUGCAGACCAAUCCUUCAAUUAUAUUAGGUCACUGUUAUUUAUACACAUUUGUGAUUUAAAUGGGGGUUGUUUUUUAUUUUUACCUUGACUUUGAAUAACAUUUGGUAUUGGACUAUACUUUUUCCUCUGGAAUAAUCUGUAUAACAGCGGAAAAAGAAAUAUUUGAAUUGAAUAUGUUUCUGUGAAUACGAUGUAAUAAAGAUGUGUAUUCAUUAA